UAAUCUGAUCGCUCAAAUCCAUCCAUGACUUUCAAAUUUAUUCUUCCUUGGACGUGAUUAGUGCCAACGCCAGGACCGACAACUGUCCGCACCGCCGCAGUCUAAGGCCGCAACUGGCGAACCCGAUUGCUGUCAGAGCAGUCUCCGACGUCUCUCGAAACCUCUUUCUUCUUCUCGUUCUACAGAUCGCGUGGUUGAGCCGCUUACCCACCACCGGUUUGAUUCCUCAGACGUAGACUGCGACCAGCGUCGUCGUUUGCCAUCGCCCCCGUGACUGGAAACUUUGUCGCCACCGUCUACAUCUGAAAACUCCGUUGGAGUGUAUGCCACAGGUGUUGCUUUAGCAAAUUGUCGUGAGCCUUUCCAAAGAGACCAAGUAUAUUUAGUGUAGAUGAGUAAUUUCACGAAGAAGAAAUUUGUACACAUUUUGCAUCGACAGAGUUUUUUCAAGGGGAAGCUCAAAAUGCAAGGGAAUUAUUGCAUAAGUGCUGGCGAUAGUAAGCUCAGUGUUGAAAUGCUAGUUAUUGAUGAGAUUGUGCCAACACUUUUACAUGCAUUGGAGGAUGAUGAAACUUCUGAUACUGCACUCGAUGGUCUUAAGCAAAUUUUAAGGAUUGGUUAUGUAGGUGAGAAGUCUUAUGGCAGGCUUGCACAUCGAUUUUUCAGGGGAUAUCAUAAUGGAAUGUCGGGAGCUUAUAUUUCAUAUGGUAAUGAAGAUUGCAUUGAAGAAUCAUUCGGCAUGGAGUUUCAGAUGAAUAGGGAGCAAUUCUAGUGGAGGAAACACAAGCAAGAACUCAAGUAAGCAUGUUUUGGACAAGAAAAGAUCAAUUUGAAGCAAAUACGCGCUGGGCGCCAUUGGGAUCACACCCAAUGCUUCAAUUACAGAGUGUUGUCAAACUAUCUAGGUUGAACCACACAUUUGUGGGGCUAAGCGCCACCAGUCCAUUCACAAGUAGCGCUCAAUGGUUGAAAAUAGCAUUGAACGGUGGUUUGACAAAGAGCUCCUUUUACGUUUUAAUAGAUGGUGCUCAACGGUGCUGAUAUGGCCCUGAGCGGUGGCAUCGGUGACAUAUUAAAAAGGGGUAUAUAAACAUGUUUCUUGCGAGGCUUUGGGAGAUUCCCUCCUCUCACACUUCAUUCUUCACCUAGAGUGACUGAGAGAGGCCCUUGGAGGCUAUUUGGGGUGCUAAGAAGCUUUCCCUUCUCCUCCUUGGGCUUCAAUCUUCAUCAAUGGUGAUUUUGCUCCUUUUGGAUUGAGGGGGAAGAAGGGUCACAAAUUGGAGAUGAAAAUGCAAAGAGGAAGCGCGAUUGGAGCAUGGACUAGAGGCAAAGAACCUUGGGGAAGGGCGUGCAUCAUUCUUUGGUUUCAAUUUCUUCCUUAUCUCUUCAAUUUGUAAACUCUAGGUUCUCCACCUUAGAGAGCUAACCUUAUUUGUUGAGACUAGAUGUAAUAAACUGAAUCUUGUGUAUUUUGUGAUGUUGAUACAUAUGCUUUUCCAUUUCAAAGUGAGUAUUGGAUUUCUAUGCUUAAUGUUUGUUGUGGCUUGAUCAUCAAUGGCUUGAUUAUUGGUUCUUGAGGUGCUUGAAAAUGUCUUUUGAACCUAGAAUUGAAAUUGAAUACCAAAUGGAGCUUUUAUCUAGGGAUAAAACACGAUUCAUUAGUAAUCUUAAAACUCUUGAACUUAAUGCAUAAUUUCACUUGUUGAGGAUUCAAGGAAUUGAAACUUGAUGAGUGAUCAUAGAUUGGUAGAAGAUUGGUAUUUAGAAUCCAUGGGUGUGUCAACAGAUUUGGAAUUCAUCAACUUAGUUUCCCCCCCAAAAUAUCUAAUGUAUACUUCCUUUGAGAUAUAACAAUACCAUUUUUUUGGAUUGUGCUACCUCAUUACACAAGAAAUAUUUGAGUUUGCCAAGAUCUUUGGUCUAAAAAUGGUGACGAAGAUGUUGUUUCAUCUAAGAGAUGCCAUGGUGGUCACUGCUUAUAAGAGCAAUACCAUCAACAUAUAUUAUGAAAUAGACACAUCCAACACUUGAGUGAUGAUAAAAGACUAAAUGAUCUGUCUUACUGCAACACAUACCAAAUUGUUGAACAACACUACUAAAUUUUCCAAACACUGCAAGACAUACCAAAUUGUGAAGACUAUAUACCAAUCCAGAAGAUUCCCCCUGAACAACAAAACUUGGAGGUUCCUUCACAUAAAUUUCUUCGUGCAAAUCUCCAUUAAGAAAAACAUUUUUCACAUCCAGUUGGUAAAAAGGCCACUAUUGAAGAGCUACAAUGGCUAUAAAUAAGUGAAAAGAACCCAUCUUUGCCACUGGAGAAAAAGUAUCACCAUAAUCUAAAUCAAACCUUUGUGUUUAGCCUUUGGCCACAAGAUGGCUUUGAGACAGUCAAUAGUACCAUCGAGACCAACUUUGGUAGCAAAAACCAUUCUGCAACCAACAAUAUAUUUCCCAGACAAUAAUGAGAUGAGCUCUCAAAGUUCCAUUGUUCUGAAGAGUACUUAGUUCAUCAAUUAUGGCCUGAUGGGCUAAGGCAUGACCUAUAGAUUUGGGAAUUGACACAAAAGAAAUAGACGAAAGGCAAGUAUAAAAAGGUGGAGAUAAUCUAUGGUAACUCAAAGUUAUAUAAUGAGGAGAGGGAUUACGGGUAGAAUGUAUACCUUUAUAGAGGGCAAUUGGAUGGUCAUAUUCAGUUGCCGAAAUCAGAGGACACAAAGGAGUUGACACUAGAAGUGAGUCAUUUGGUGGUUGUUAGGAAUGUUGUCUUCGACUAUAAACCUAAAGUGGUGGUGGAGGAAGAAAAUCUAACAAUAGACUAGGUACAACAGAGGAUAACAAACAAUAGGAAUACUGGUUGUAAUAGACGAAGAUACACAAGGAGUACAGAGACACUUAAAGUAAAAGGAAGACUCAGUGAAGGUAACAUCUGUAGAAUUAAAAUAGUGGUUAAGAGAAUGAUAGAAACACUUAUAUCCCUUUUAUGAUGGGUAAAUCCUAAAAAAAACACUUUUGUGUGAUUUAAGAGAUAACUUAUUAAGACCAGGACUAAAAUUAUGAACAAAACAUGUAAACCCAAAAUCUUUAAGAGGUAAGGGAUGUAGAGGUUCAUGAGAAAAUAAAAUAUAAUGAAGAAUUUUGUUAUUUAAAACCGAAGAUGGAAUGCGACUAAUACGAUAAAAUGUAGUAAGAAUAGCAUUACACCAAAAUUGUGUAAGGAACCUCACCAUGAAUUAAAAGCGGGUGAUUAAUAAGAUAAAAUACAAUAAGAAUAGCAUCUCAUUUUGUUGAGGUAUGUAGGCACAUGAAGUUUGAUGAGGUCAUAAGGUGUUUAAAAGAAUAAGAAAGGAACAAGUAGAGGUGAAUCAAAUUCCUCAUUCUGCAGGACCAACAACUAAACCAAAUGAUAGUACAAAGUUUGGGAAAAAUCUGGUGUACACACUAAAAGGAAAGGCCAUUCCAAGAUCUACUCGUGUUCAAGAAACCAACCCUACAACAUUACCCGAGGUAAUUCCUUUUGAUCCUAUAAAUUAUAACUCUAUUGCUUAUGAUGAAUUUCCUUCUGAAAAACCAGUUGAAUAGGUAGAUCAUAAUUUAAACCUCCUAAUUACUCUUAGAAAAGAAACCAGAACAUGCACCAGACAACAACGCUACCCCUUGACAAAUUAUUUAUCCUUUGAAAAAUUCUCACCUACCCAUAAAACCACAACUACACCUUUUGUAUCUAAGGCAUUAAUUGACAAAAAAUGGAAACAAGCCAUGGACUUGAAGAUGGAGGCAUUCGAGAAAAACAAUACUUGGUAGCUAGUCACCCUACCCCUUGGAAAAAGGGUUGUUGGGUGCAAGUGGGUUUAUACUAUGAAGUACAAGGCCGAUGGAAAUAUUGAGAGGUAUAAGGCAAGGUUGGUGGCCAAUGGGUUCACCCAAACAUAUAGAGUGGAUUAUUUAGAGACUUUUGAACCAGUUGUAAAAAUGAACAGGAUUCGAGUAGUUUAUCAUUAGCAGCAAACUACGAUUGGGAACUGCAACAAUUUGAUAUAAAAUAUGAAUUCCUAAUAGGGAUCUUAAAGAAGAAAUAUACAUGGAGAUACCACCUCAGUAUAUGGGAUAGAUUAAGGCCAACAUAGCUUGCAAACUAAAAAAGGCAUUAUACGGGUUGAAACAGUCACCUAGAGCAUGGUUUGGGAGAUUCACAAAUGUUAUGACAAGUCUUAAAUACAAACAAAGCCAAGGGUACCAUACUUUAUUCAACAAACAUUCUGAUUCAGGGGGAGUAACAAUACUAUUGGUCUAUGUGGAUGAUAUAAUUAUUACUAGGAAUGGUAAAAAGGAAAAACAUAGGUUGAGCCAACGCUUUGCCACAGAAGUAGCCCAUUCCAAGAAAGGAAUCUUCAUAUCCAACAAAAAUAUAUCACUGAUUUGCUAUAGGAAACAGGUCAAACAACCUGCAAACUAGCAAGUACACCUGUUGAUCCAAAUAUAAAGUUGGGAAGUGCAGAGGAGGAUGUUUCUGUAGACAAAGAAAUGUACCAAUGUGGGAAGACUCAUUAACCUAUCUCACACUAGGUCAGACAUUGUCGUUGUUGUGAGCUUAGUUAGCUAAUUUACGCACCAACCAAAGGAAGCAUGUUUACAAGUUGCACUUAGAAUACUGCAGUAUUUAAAAGGGACUCCAGGAAAAGGAAUUUUGUUCAAAAGAAAUAAGAAUACUAGUCUUCAGGCAUAUACAAAUGCUGAUUAUGUUGGUCUGUGGAUAGGAGAUCAACUAUGGGAUAUUGUACCUUUCUUGGUGGAAACCUAGUAACUUGGAAGAGCAAAAAAUAAAGUGUGGUAGCUAGAUCUAGUACUGAAGCAGAAUUUCUAGCAAAGGCCCAAGGAAUAUGUGAACUUUUAUGGCUGAAGAUUAUAUUGGAAGACUUAAAGGAUAAAGUGGGAUGAACCUACGAGGUUAUAUUGUGAUGACAAAUAUGCAAUUAGUAUAGCCCAUGAUCCAAUACAACAUGAUAGAACCAAACAUAGACGUGGACAAACAUUUUAUCGAACAAAUGCAUGACAGUGGCUUGAUUUUCACCCUUAUUUGUCCACUCAAGGUCAACUUGCAGACAUACUCAUCAAGGGGUUGAGUAGCAGUAGUUUUGAAAGAAUUAUAUCCAAGCUGGGAAUGGAAAACACUUAUUUACCAACUUGAGGAGGAGUGUCAAAAUAUAUUUACAAAAUUUUAGAUAUUAUUCCCAUGUAUUUAAUUUAUUAUAGUUUUUGUAUCCUGCUAUUAUUACUAGUAUAACAAUCCCACAAUUCAAGGGUUUGUUCUGCUUUUGUUUCCUAAAAUAUUCAU